ACUUUACCACCCACACGGUUAUGGCUGAAACACCAGCGCUACAUGGCAAGUCUUCUUCUUCAGCGAGUGUAUAUACUACAGAGGAUGAUCAUGGAUCCUUGCUGGAUAUAUUGGAGGGAUCACGUAAGCGCCAGGAGGGAAGUUCUGGAGAUUGGGGGGACUACAUGAAAACAAAACGUCGAAAACUGAACGAUCAAUUCCAAAAUUUGGAUGUACCCAGCGUUUCAUCAAUAUUCAAAGGUGUAACAAUAUACGUGAAUGGAUGGACUCAGCCAAUAGCAGACGAUCUCAAAGAAAUGAUUCAUUCGCACGGUGGACAUUACGAAUACAACCUUUACUCUAAAUCACGUGUAACACACACAAUUGCUACCAACCUUCCCAACGUUAAGAUAAAUAACCCUGGUCGUACUGUUGUGUGUACCCCGGCGUGGAUAGUAGACAGUAUAGCGGCUGAUAGGCGUCUACCUGUGGACAAGUAUCUCCUGUACAGUAGAGGGGGUGCUCAGCAACAGCUGGUGCUAGAGGAGGUCAGGGAGAGCCCACCACAAGACCAACAGCUGGUGCUAGAGGAGCUCAGGGAGAGCCCACCACAAGACCAACAGCUGGUGCUAGAGGAGCUCAGGGAGAGCCCACCACAAGACCAACAGCUGGUGCUAGAGGAGCUCAGGGAGAGCCCACCGCAAGACGAGCAAGACGCUGAGGAUCUAACGUCUGGUUCUGAUGAGCUCUUCCCUGAGCCUGAUUCAAUUUCUGAAGCUGGCUCCUCAGAAUGUUCUGAGGCUGACUCCAUUACUGAUGGCCAACAGGGGACAUCAGUUGUCAAAGCUUACCAAUCAUCAGAAGGAGCAGAGUUUGUCAACAGUUUCUUCACUCACUCGCGUCUUCAUUACCUCUCAACUUGGAGCAUGGAAUUGAAACAGUUCACUGCCAAGAUGCUGCGCCUAGUUUCACCAAGAUACCCUCUGCUGCCAGCCAGAGACUCACUGAGGGGGACAGGUGUGAGGGCCGUCGUUCAUAUUGAUCUGGAUUGCUUCUUUGUGUCAGUUAGUAUUCGCAACAAACCUCAUCUCAAAGGAAAAGCCGUGGCUGUAACUCACGCUAAACUACCCAAAACUGGUUCUGAAUCGAAACAUCCCACAACUAAAGACUCCAUUCCAAAGCAUCUCCUUGACUCUACAUCAGACAUAGCCUCUUGUAGUUAUGCCGCUAGGGACGUUGGGGUUAAGAAUGGAAUGUCUGUGGGUGAAGCCAUUAAACUGUGCCCAGAUCUCAUUCCACUGUCAUACGAUUUCGAAGCCUACCGAGAAGUUUCACAAUGUUUCUACGAGAUUCUGCUGCAGUAUUCGUCGUGUGUUGAGGCUGUCAGUUGCGAUGAAGCUUUUAUAGAGCUCACUGAUUACGUAUCAGGUCCAGAACAAGUUGAAGAUUUGGUUCUAAAACUGAGAAGUGAGGUGGAAUCUAAAGUUGGUUGCACUGUUUCAGCCGGGGUUGCUCACAAUAUGCUCUUGGCGCGAAUGUGCACUCGCAUUGCUAAACCCAACGGACAGUUUUAUCUCCCUUUGAUUAGUACGGGCAAUUUCCUAGAAUCUCAGACAGUGAACAACCUGCCAGGAGUUGGAUAUUCCACUACACGCAAGUUGAGGGAAAUGAGCAUCGAAACAUGCUCACAGCUGCGAACUUUAUCAUUGGAGAAAUUACAGAACACUUUUGGAAACAAGACUGGAAAAUCUUUGCAUGAUUUUGCCCGCGGAAUUGACGAAAGAGAACUAAAAACGGAAACGGAGAGGAAAUCUGUGUCUGUUGAUAUAAACUAUGGGAUACGUUUCAAGAACAUGUCUGAAGCAGAAUCACUCAUAAGCAAUCUUGCUACAGAGCUAGAGAAGCGGUCAUGUGAUGCUGGAGUAGUUGGUGGUACUGUGACACUUAAGAUGAAGAUCAGACAAGCCUCAGCUCCUAAAGAGACAUGGAAGUAUCUGGGUCAUGGUGCCUGCAAUAAUGUAACAAGGUCCCUAACUCUCUUACAGCCUACAAGGUCAGCUGGUGAGAUGACACGCUUGGCACUCCGUCUGCUCAAGCAAGUUGGCCCAGUGGCUAGUGAUAUUCGAGGCAUGGGACUACAGCUUAGCAAACUAGUGCUGCCCUCCUCUGAAGGUUCCUAUCUGGGUAUGGACAUGAGGGCCUUCUUGAAGCCAAUGUCUGAUCAAGAAUCAAGACCAACACCUCCUCCACUUGAGGCUAACGCUCGCCCCAAACCCACUCUGACCAACUUCUUCAGAGAACCCCCUCACGCUGCUAAGGACAGUGCCCCCAUUGACCUCCCCCCUCUCUCCCAGCUGGAUAACAGUGUCCUGAAUGCCCUACCCGAGCUACUCAAGGAUGAGAUACUGCAUGAGUAUGCCAGCAAGCAAGCCAAGGAAGUGGAGACAACUACACCGAAUGAAGAGCUGACACCACCAAAAGAUUUGCUGGACAGUGAUCGAACUCUAGGGGUGAUUAUUACAAACGAGAGCUUGUUCCUCAGAGACAUAAGGAGGUAUAUUCAAGAUUGGAUCCUGCACUAUAUUGAGGGUCCUCCUGAGGAAGAUGUCGCGAUAUUCAGCGAUUAUCUUAUUAAACUAUCCACUGGGAACCUUGAUGUAACGUCACAAGCCCUCAAGGCUAUGCGGCGACUCACCCUCAAGCUUGAGCUGAUAUCUUGGUACCCUGUGUUCAACCUACUGCUGGAGAAUGUGGAGCAAUGUGUUGGGGAACAGUAUAGUGGACACCUGGACAUACCCCCUAUAUAAAGUCAUAGUGUGUGUCAUGUUAUUUGUGUAUAUAUUAUAAGAAUUUCUUGUGCGGCUACUA